AUGAGUGUUUCUUCGACGGACAAGAAAGACAAAGUUUUUAUUGAAACUGGGCUGUUGGACUUAGAGAGUAUAAACAAGGAUGAGAACAUCUUUCAAGACCCAGCUGUGGCUGAGUACUAUUAUAAUUUAUAUGAGACGACCAAAUACGAGUGUCGAUCUCAUUUCGAUCCUGAAUUUACUUGGAGCAAAGAAGAGGAAAGGAAGGUUACGUGGAAAAAUGAUUGGCAUGUGACUUUUUGGUCUUUCAUGAUGUUCACUGCUUUAAACUUUGAUAGGUCGAAUCUUGCCCAAGCACUUUCCGACAAUUUCUUGGAUGAUUUGAAUUUGACCACUAAUCAAAUGAAUAUUGGGAAAACAAUUAACUUGGUGUGCUUCCUAGCGGCAGAACUCCCUUCUCAAUUAAUCUCCAAAAAAAUUGGAGCAGAUGUCUGGAUUCCCACUCAAAUGAUGUUAUGGAGUAUAGUCGCAAUGUGCCAGGCUGCUAUUACUGGAAAACAUGGUUUUUAUGCUACUCGAGCAUUAAUUGGUCUAUUAGAAGGUGGAUUUAUCUGUGACACUUGCUUGUGGAUUAGUUAUUUUUUCACCUCAACAGAGUAUACGAAUAGGAUGUCAUUUUUCUAUGCUUCGAAUCAAACCACAACUAUCAUUUCAAGUUUAUUAGCUUUUGCUUUAUUGAAAAUUAAAACUUCCACCAUGAGUGAGGGUUGGAGAUGGUUAUUUCUUAUUGAAGGUGCAUUCACCUUGCUUAUUGGGAUAGCAUCUUGGUUUUUAAUGCCUGCUUCACCUGUGCAAACUAAAACAUGGUAUCGACCAAAAGGUUGGUAUACUGAUAGAGAGGAAAAGAUAGUGGUUAAUAAAGUAUUGCGUGAUGAUCCAACUAAAGGGGAUAUGCAUAAUAGACAGCCUGUUACUUUAAAGGAAUUGGGUAGAGCAUUGUUUGAUUUUGAUUUAUUUCCAAUUUACCUCAUUCGUUUCCUCAUUGAAAUGAGUUCUGGUCCUGUCGCUUCGUACUUGCAAUUGUCACUUCGUCAGCUUGGAUUUUCCACUUUUAAAACAAAUGCACUUACAAUACCUAACUCAGUUUUAAGUUUAGUAACCAUGUUCGCAUUCUCGUAUAUUUCCGACAUAAUCGAUUCACGUUCCUUGCUCCUGGCAGUCAAUGCUCUAUGGUGUAUAUCUACCUUAAUUCCUUUGAGGUAUUGGCCAGGAUCUGGGAAACCAGAACAUGCUUGGGGAUCAUUUGCACUUAUGACUGUUUUGUUGGGUCACCCCCCGUUGACAGCUCUCUCAACUAGCUGGUGUUCAGCAAAUUCAAAUUCCGUCAAAUCAAGGGCAGUUUCAGCAGCUGUGGUUAAUAUAUUUUCACAGGCGGGUAGUAUCAUUGCUUCUAAUAUUUACAGAGAAGAUGAUGCACCAUUAUAUCACCGUGGAAACACUCAAUUAAUUGGAAUUGCAUUUGGUGGUUUGGGAAUUGCUGUUUUGUCAAGGUUUUACUUCCAAUACAGGAACAAACAGAGAGAUAGAAAAUGGAAAAGUUUAAGUGAGCUGGAGAAGUUAGACUAUACCAAAAAUACUACCGAUCAAGGUAAUAAACGGCUUGACUUUAGGUUUAUAUACUAA